AUGGUGAAGAACACGCUAGAUGAGAUCAUCUGUCUGGGAAAAGAAAAUGCAGCUUUGUUGUCUGAAUCUCAAUAUGUGAGCAUGGAGAAAAAGGAGUUACGAGAUGAGAAUUCUGCUCUGGAGGCUCAAAUUGAGAAACUGCAAUGUGAACUCAUGGAGAGGGUUUCUGGUCCGCAACUCGACCUGAAUGUAGCCCCACCUGAAUGUGAACUUCAAGAACUGGAAUCACAAAUUGGUGAUGAUCAUCAUCAUAGAUUGCCUUGUGUGGCACCGGUUGUUAAUCCUUUAUAUCUUGUCCCCGUCUGCCUGGAUACUCGAGCUUACCGAGAGCCAAGACUACACCGCUUGUGA